AUGGAUGCAAUCACACUUGUAUUAAUACACAAGGAAGUUAUGAGUGUCAUUGCAUGGAUGGAUUCAAUAUAUGAAAUAACCAAUGCCAAGGUAGUGAUUAUAUGCUUAUAUUUAAAUAACAAUGUAAUAAUAGAUAUUGAUGAAUGCAAUAAUACAAAUGGUGGUUUUCAGCAGUUGUGUACAAAUACAUUUGGAAGCUAUUAUUGUUCCUGUAAUACUGGCUUUAAUCUAAGACACAACUCUUUCUGUGCAGAUGUUGAUGAGUGUUCUACUGGUACAAAUAAUUGUAGUCACAAAUGUGUCAAUGAAAUUGGCUCAUUUCACUGUGAGUGUUUUUCUGAUGAGGUAUUGUCUGAUGAUAGAGUUAGUUGUAAAGUAGCUGGUGGUACUUCAAAUGCCAAUACUUCAAAUCAACUUGAAAACUCUUUGUACGACACUGUACCAUUGCUUAUUAUAUCACUAAUCACUUUUAGUUAUCUUUGUACUAAUAAUAAUAUUAGUGAUUGUGGUUCUUAA